AUGAGUAACUACAGAAGCAGCAACAGCAACAACGGUCCAAUGGCCGCUGCUGCCCCUCCUUCCCCUCCUCCUCCUGGUCGAGGUGGUCGAGGUGGUCGUGGUGGCCGUGGUGGCCGCGGAGGCAUCACGAAGGCAGUACGCACAAGAGGUGCAAAUCGGGCUUUUGGUGGUUGUGGUGGUGGGAGGGGUGGUUAUGGCUCACACCAUGACCAGCAAGCCCCUCCUGCCCCCGAUCAUCAGCAAGUUCAGGAGGCUUCCCAUGCCCAGCAAACUGCGGGCAAUAACAGUAGUGUUCCCCUCCCGACUAACCUGGCACAGGAACAGGCCAACCAGCUUCUCGCUGCCCUGGAAGGCAUAGGCAACGAAAAUUUGUAUCCAAGGGACAUGUUUUUCUCUGGCUUGGAAGUCCGCAACGGCCGGCACCAAGAGCAGGCAGAAGGCUCGCAUGGCCAAGGGCAUGACGACCUCAUUCAGUGAUACCUUUUUCCCCCACGAGGGUUUUUUUCUCUUUUUUUUUUUUCAAGACUGAGCCUUGGAUCGUGCGGUGAUGCGGGGUUUCAUACCCAUGCUGAGCCAGAGAAGCCUGGAUAGGAGUACAUUCUUCUUGAUUGUACAUUCUUCCAGAAGAGAUACGUCAAAAUAGCAGAUACGCAAUGACAGCCACAGGC